CUUUCUCACUACUACAUCGUAGUCCUAGCCGAUAUUAAGCGGGGAAGAGAACUUACCUGUUCGGAUUGAAAAACGUUGUUUAAGGUUCUAAAAUACAAUGAUGGUGUUAACCACCACUGCUUUGUAUCCUGGAACCAGGAACUAUCAGUCUUACAACAACAUAUCGCCAAGCUGGACAGGGGAAUAUGAAGAUUAUGUCACUGAUGAACUUGCAGAGGUUCGCCAGUCCCUCAACAUAAUGUCCCUCAUCUUCUACUGCUUGGCAUUUGUGUUAGGGGUUCUGGGAAAUGGACUUGUUAUUUGGGUGACAGGAUUCAAGAUGAAGAAGACUGUGAAUACAGUUUGGUUCCUCAACCUGGCUUUGGCUGACUUUCUUUUCACUGCUUUCCUGCCUCUGAGUGUAACCUACACUGCCAUGGACUUCCACUGGCCUUUUGGCAAGUUUAUGUGCAAGCUAAACUCCACAAUCAGUUUCCUAAACAUGUUUGCUAGCGUCUACAUCCUUGUGGUUAUCAGUGUGGACAGGUGUGUGUCUGUGGUGCGUCCUGUCUGGGCCCAGAACCAUCGCAACAUACGCAAAGCAUCCUGCAUCAGUCUGUGUGUCUGGGUGUGGGCACUGGUCCUAAGCUCUCCAUACUUUGUCUUCCGGGACAUCGGGGUCUCCUUCAAGGAUAACAGGAUUAUCAACUGCUUUAACAACUUUGCCCUAUCUGAUGACUACGACACAAAAGAGGUGAGAGAGCUGCGAGUAUUCCGUCACCAGGCUAUGGUUAUCACACGUUUCCUGCUGGGCUUUCUAGUGCCCUUUGCCAUCAUUGUCACCUGCUAUGCCAUUCUCAUCCAACGGCUCAAGAGGAACCGCAACUUGGCCAGCCAAUCUGGACGGCCUUUCAAGAUCAUUGCUGCUGUAAUCACAGCUUUUUUCUUGUGCUGGGUUCCAUACCACAUCAUGGCAUUAAUUGAGAUGGUGAGCAGUGCUCUUGAUGAAGUUAGCAACACAUUAGACCAUGUCACUACGAUCGGGGUCCCAAUAGCCACCAGCCUGGCCUACCUCAACAGCUGUCUGAACCCACUGCUGUACGUGUUUAUGGGCCAGGACUUUAAGGACAAGCUACGCAAAUCAAUUCUGAUAGUUCUGGAGAGUGCGUUCACAGAGGAAGUAUCAAGGUCUAACAACACUUGCACAAACUCUGGACUAACAAGCCGUAGCAAGGAGAAGUCUUAUUCUGAUGCUGAGAUAUAGGGUCUUAUAUUAUAAUGAAUACUUCUUUAUUUUCCACACAGUGAUUACAUUUAGAUUUGGCUUUGCCAUUACAUGAUUGACCAACCAACAACCCAACAUCAUAAAUGUCAUAUCAUUAAGGCACACUGACAGUUUUGCAAUUUAGAAAGGUUUUUCUAUAAAUAAUCACUAAGUUAGCCAUGAAAUUCCAAGUUUGAAAGUAAAUGGUUUUGAUGAAAUGGGGCAGAAAUAGACAUAUAUAGUAUAUGACGUAGUACAUAAUGUUUGAGGAAUUUUAUUUGGCUCGACAGUGCCACUUAUAUAACCAGUGGCCAAAAAUGUGGGGGCUGCAUUUUUUUAAUAAUUUAGCAGAUCAUCAUCUCUAGAGCCACUUACAUUAGUAAAUGCUUACAUUUUACAGGCCACAUCUGGGAAUCAACCCAUAUCCCUAGAAUUGCAAGUGCCAUGCUUUUACCAAGUGAGCAACUGGGGUCCAUCGGCAAUUCAUUAAUAUUUUCAGACAGCUCAAGACUCAGUUCAAGCAAAGGUUUUUCAGAAUAGGAAUAAUGAUUGAGUACUUAGUUUGAAUAAAAUUUAUCUCGAGGACUCAAUUCAAAACAAGUUUGAAUUCAAUACUGUUUAGUUACUUGCUAAGUGAUGGUGGGUGUCUGUGGGUUCUUGUCCAUAAUGUUUUUGCAUUGGACAUUGCAGGCAUGUUAGAAGAAUGUUAGAAAUGGGUCAGACCCAAUAUAAUGAUGGAUACGGUAAGAUUUUCAUACACAUACAGUAUCAUAUUGUUCAAACUGAAUAUGUAACUUCUGUCUUUUCAGUCAAGCCGCUUUUUGUGAAAACAUACUAAAAACCUGGAUAAUAUUGAUGAACAUGUGUAACUAUAUGUGAUUGAAACAUGUAUUGUUUGUUAUUGAAAUAUUAUAUUUCCUUUUACUUUCAUGUAUAUGUUUGUAUUUUUAUAAGUUUUAUUUGUAUGUUAUUAGAUGCUUAUAUGACUACUCUACACUCACCUAAAGGAUUAUUAGGAACACGCAUUAAUGCAAUUAUCUAAUCAACCAAUCACAUGGCAGUUGCUUCAAUGCAUUUAGGGGUGUGGUCCUGGUCAAGACAAUCUCCUGAAUUCUAAACUAAAUGUCUGAAUGGGAAAUAAAGGUGAUUUAAGCAAUUUUGAGCGUGGCAUGGUUGUUGGUGCCAGACGGGUCGGUCUGAGUAUUUCCCAAUCU